GUCAAUUGUCAGGCUGCAGGCAUUAGGCGUCAUUCGAAAACAUUGUAGAAGUAAAUUUCAAUUUAUGCAAUUUUCAUAACUCCAUUGUACAUGUUUGUACUCAAAAUCAUAUAGAUAUGCCUAAAAAUAAAGGAAAAGGAGGUAAAAACAGAAGGAGGGGAAAAAAUGAGAACGAAACUGAGAAGCGUGAAUUAGUCUUCAAGGAAGAUGGCCAGGAGUACGCCCAAGUCACAAAGAUGCUCGGUAAUGGCCGCUUAGAGGCCAUGUGCUUUGAUGGCAUAAAACGUCUUUGCCAUAUAAGAGGUAAACUAAGAAAAAAAGUCUGGAUAAAUCAAGGUGAUAUAAUAUUAAUUGGUUUACGAGAUUAUCAAGACGCUAAAGCAGAUGUUAUCCUUAAAUACACACCAGACGAGGCAAGGAAUCUAAAAACUUACGGAGAAUUUCCAGAAACUGUACGUAUCAACGAAACAGUUGUAUAUUCUGUUGAUGGCUUGGAUGAAGAUAUUGAAUUUGGUGAUGAGGUUAGCUCUGAAGAUGAAGCAGACCCUGUUGAUGCAGUUUAAAUCAUCUAUUUUGUUAAAUUAAACGCAGUAUGUAUAAGUUUAUGUAAAUUAAAAUUAUUUCUGUUUAUGUUUAUAUUUCUCAAAAUCUUAGGUUUUUUUGUUAAAAUAAAUUGGACUUAAGAUUUUGUCCGUAUGAUUCUGGAAUACCUAUAAACUCCAUCUCAGACCUUUCAAUUUAUAUUAGUAUUAUUUAUUAAAUUAACUGAUCCUUAACUACUAGGAAAAAUGGCACAACAUUCCUUAAGUUCCAUAGUAUAUCAACUUCAUAAUAUGGUUUAAAUCUUAGGAAUGUAUAUAAUUAAAUAAUUUUUAAAACA